GCCGAUCGCGUGCAAAUCCUAGCCCUCCACACCCCCAAUCCCAUUAUUUCCUACCAAAACCAGAUCUUCAGCGGCUCCUGGGCCGACCAAAUCGGCACCGAGCUGCUCUUCUCCCGCCCCGAACACCCCCACGAUGCGGCAGAGACAGAAAUAUCCACUCCGGUCAUCCCGCUAAGACAGACCAAGAACUAUGACCUUCUCGCUGCCAAUAGCGUCAAGAUCCUCGGUCGCAAAGCCAAUCUCAUCUCCAGCUCGUCCAAUGUCUACGCCCCGGAUGCCUCUGCUGCGCAGGAACCCGCCGAGACCAACGCGACGACCACCACCACCGCCUCUGCAGGCAUGGUGCGCAAGACGGCGCCACAGACGAACCAGGCGCGCUUCCUGGACCGACUGGCCAGCCUUAAGCGCAGCAAGGGCGAGUCCGACCCUGUUCGGAUGACGUUUAGCACCAAGCGGAUGCAGAAUCUGGAGGAUCGCGUGCACGGCUGGGCUCGCACCGACGAGCAGCUGGAGCAAAUCCACCGGCUGAACGAACUGGCGCUGUCGGGAGAUGCAAAUGCCAUGGCGGAGCUGGAGGGUCUCUAUUCGCGACUCGGGGGACAUGAGGACGAGUUCGAGCUGGGGCAGGAGGAGCCACUGUCUCAGUCCUAG